AUGGACCCGAAAAUAUCAAUUCCUCAGGGGGCGCAAAACGGGGUACAGCCAUUUGCCGCAAAUUCAACCGAAAUGGGACAUGCAUCUACAACCCAUGUCGAUACAGCCACGCCUGCAACCGAUGCGCAGGUCCUCACCCAGGAUAUAAAUGCGGUGAAAGACCCUCAAGCAAUAGCAACCAUGCCUCAACGAGUUGUCACAAAUCCAGCAAAUCAAAGCAUCAGUAAGAUCAUUUUGUCGCUACCGACACCUAUAUCUGUAGAUAAUUUAGAAGUAGCACUCACUGGGCACCCAGAUACACAUUUUACGUCACAGAUAUGUAAUAUUUUACGGUAUGGGGCAAGAAUUGGUUUUCAGGGACAGCGUAUCCCACGGUUUUCAAAAAAUUUGCCUACAGCGCUUGCCAACCCUAGCAUUGUCUCGGCAAAUUUGGCAAAAGAAGUCUCUCUUGGCCGGGUGGCAGGUCCAUUUGACAGUCCCCCAUUCAGUAAUCUUCAAGUUUCACCAAUUGGCAUUGUUCCCAAAAAGAAUUCUAAAAAAUUUCGCUUGAUUUUUCACCUCUCGUUUCCCAAGUCGGGCAUGACCAGCAUAAACAGCGCAAUUUGCAAGGAUGAUUUUAGUCUACAGUAUGUUACCAUUGAUGAUGCCAUUGAGGGCAUUAAACAUUUUGGGCCAGGUUGUUUCCUUGCCAAAACUGAUGUUGAGUCAGCCUUUCGGCUUAUUCCGGUCCACCCUGAUGACUAUGAGCUAUUAGGUAUGUUUUGGGAUGGUAAGUACUAUUUUGACAAGGUUCUCCCCUUUGGCCUUAGGAGUGCCCCAUUUAUUUUUAAUCAGUUGUCCGAUGCUGUUGAAUGGAUUUUACGUAAUAACUGCAAGAUUUCUUUUGCAUGCCAUAUCCUUGAUGACUUUUUAAUCAUGGAACCAAAAGCACCUUCCAUACCACAUGAUAGUACAUGUUUACAGAGCUUAUCUAAAAUGCUUCUUACUUUUCAUGACCUCAAGAUUCCUAUCGCUCCAGGGAAAACUCAGGGCCCCUUACAAGUCCUUGAAUUUAUGGGCAUUAUUUUGGAUACAGUGAAAAUGGAAGCCCGGCUGCCUGCAGAUAAGAUCCAUCGCAUUAGGACAAUUUUUGCCGAGUUUGAAGCUAAAAAAUCUUGUACUUUGAAAGAGCUGCAAUCCUUAAUUGGAACUCUAAAUUUUGCAUGCAAAGUCGUUCCUCCUGGACGGCCAUUCUUGCAGCGGAUGAUUGACUUAACCAGAAAUGUCAAGGAAUCCCACCACCAUAUUAAACUAAAUUUGGGAUUUUUUAAGGAUUUAGCUAUGUGGAAACAAUUCAUUACUAAUUGGAACGGGGCAAAUUUUUUCCUCUCAACGUUAUGGCAAGAUGCUGACAGUUUGCAGCUAUUUACUGAUGCAUCAGGAACAUUAGGUUAUGGGGGGAUAUUUGGUACUAAAUGGUUCCAGGGCACUUGGGAACCUUCCCACCAGCCAAAAUAAACCAGGCAUUAGUAUUGCAUGGCAAGAGUUAUUUGCGAUUGUAAUUGCAUGUCAGCUUUGGGGAAGCCUUCUCUGCAACAAAAGAUUAAUUUUUAAUUGCGAUAAUGAGUCGGUUGUUAACAUAAUUAAUUCUAAGCGUUCAAAGGUUCCCAGUGUGAUGGAUUUAUUACGCCAUCUUACCCUAGUCACAUUGAAAUUCAAUCUAUACAUUCAUGCAAAACAUAUCCCAGGUAAACGCAAUGAAAUUGUAGACUCUAUCUCUCGUUUUCAGCUGCAGAGAUUCAGAAAACUGGCACCACAUGCAGAUCCCAGUCCAUGCCCUAUUCCCAGCCAACUGUUGAUAAUCUGAGAGGGGACAUUCAGCAUUACAUCAACUUAUCCAUUGCUUCAUCCACAAAACAAACUUAUAGUGCUGGUGAAAAACGCUAUAUUGAUUUUGUAACUAUGUUUAAACAGCAAUCACUUGAACAGUGCCUACCAGCAACAGAAGCCAUUUUGACAGAAUUUGUGGCUUUUCUUGCCAAAUCUAUAAAAUAAUGCUUCAAUCAAAACCUAUCUGGCAGCUGUUCGCCAUUUGCACAUGCGCCGAGGUCUUCAACUAAAUUUACCAAAAAUGCAACAACUGCAGCUGGUCUUACGUGGCAUAAAGCGUUCCCAUGGAGACCAAUCCCGUGUGCGUUUACCAAUAACAAUUCAUCACUUGCGAUUGUUUCACUUAAUGCUUGCCAUUCCAUCAACACAAAAUUACGAGUCCCUCAUGAUUUGGGCGGCCAUGACUUUGGCCUUUUUUGGAUUUCUUCGUCUAGGCGAACUGACAUGUAACACUAAAUUCAACCCCGAGGUCCAUCUCAUGCUUGAAAACCUUUAUUUUGCUCCAGGGGUGGGUCAAGGCAACCCCGAAUUCAUGACAGUGGAAAUCAAAGUCUCCAAAACAGACCCAUUCUGUUUGGGUCAAACAAUCACAGUUGGCGCGUCCAACUCGCCCCUAUGUCCUGUUUUGGCAAUGAAGAAGUACCUCUUGGUUAGAAAAACAACGGGUGGUCCACUCUUUGUUCAUGUUUCUGGAAAACCUCUUACCAAACAAACUUUAACGGCUGAGACUCGGAUUUUAUUAAACCAAGCAGGUUUUAAUGCGUCACACUAUGCUGGUCAUAGCUACCGAAUUGGGGCCGCUACAACUGAAGGGGGGAAGGGCGUUUUCGUCUAUGGGGAACACUCUAUCGCGUGUUUUUGGGGAAGAAGUAUUCCAAUAUGUCAACUUCACUUCCCAUAGACUCUAGUAACGUCACAUAUAAAUAUAUAUUUCAAAUAAUAGGGACUGUCUAAGCGGUUCUGUGGACCUUAGACAGGUUAGGGACUGCCCAAGCGGGCAGGUUAGGGACUGUCCAAGUGUGCUCUUGGUCAGAUACGUCAGGGGGUCGCUACUCCUGACUAGCAUUAUUAGUUCAGUACAGUAUUAGGUAUGUGACGAUGAGGAGGGAUGUCGUUUGACAUAAACACAGAGUACUUCCCCCCAAAACACCCCUUCUCCAACAAAACCAAAACGUGUGUUUUUUAUUGUGUUAAUUAUAGUUUAUAUUCAAUGAUUCAAUCUUUGGAUCAUUAAUUACUUCCUUAAAGCACAAGAAUGGGUUAGUCUAUUUAUUUCAUUGCAUGUUAAGGUUAUUGGCCACAAACGAGAAAAUGUUACCCUACAUGCAUGCUAUGGUCUACCAUGUUCCAAACUUUUUGCAAAUGUUCAAGUCGGUCAAGCUUUUUACUGGACAAGGUGUAGAAAAAAAUAAUGAUGCUGCCAGAAGUACUGUUCUGAGAAAGUCUAACAAAUGGGAUAGUCCUGCAGAUGUAUUAAAACAUCAAGCAAGACUGUGGGAACUUCACACUUAG